AGUUUCACAUUUAAGGGAACUUGUUGCAUCAUGGAUGACUAGGAUAUCAGAAGAGUGCAAAUUGUGGACUGCUUCUGCUCUAUCCAAACAAAGGGAAGACUUUCAGAUAUCCUAAUAUGCAUAUAUGGUCACUAAUUGAAUUUUUAGAAAUAAAAUUUUCAGCUCCUUUAACUUUCUGCUUCAGAAAUGCACGAUUCCCAUUCCGAUGCUCCUAAUGGAUUAUAUUUUGUCUCAAGCAGUUGUUUUAGUACAAAAAAUUGUAUGUAAUACAUGAAAAGUAAUACCUGGGACAGUAAUAGCUCAAGAAACAAAACUCUCUUUGAGCACAAAGAGAAAAGUCCUUUCAAGCCGUGAGAAACUUUUGGGGGUACCUUUUUGGCCUCCUAUCAUAUGAGCUCCUCCUUUUUUCUUCUCCCCUAUAAAUUUGCCAAGCUCUAUCUCACACUGUAAGAGAGAGGAGAUAGAGAGAGCUGUACUAACUGAUGAACUGCUCUCAUGCAAGCCAGAUUACCAUAAAGAUUGGGUCAUAAGCACUGUUGUUAGGUUAUCAAUGGGAAAUAGUUUUCAUGGACGUUAUUGGCCGUGAAUCCCAAGUGGUGUGGCUAAUCUCUCCAAACUAAUAAAAGUUCAUAAUCUGAACACAAGAUUUGAUGAGAGAUUCAACCAAGAAGCUGAAAUUUUUUGCACCUGAUGUGCAUUGCUGAACCAAUUUUCUGUUGCAUAAAGAGUCCUGAAACUUCAUGUUGCAAACUGAAGCGGUUUCUUUCAUGUAGGGAAAGGAAAGGUGAUUUCAGUUGCCUGACUGCUGCCAGAAUCUGCGAAGCAUCUACAAGCGACGCCGUCGUUCAGGCAGCCGGCACGGCAAUGCCGGUUCCCCUUGCUCCAUACCCAACCCCGCCUGUGCCAUUUACACCUCCCAAUGGGGCUCAAAGCCAGCUCGUGUGCUCUGGGUGCCGUAAUCUGCUCAUGUAUCCAGCCGGAGCAACGUCGGUUUGCUGCGCAGUUUGCAGUACCGUGACUGCUGUGCCUGCUCCUGGAACCGAGAUGGCGCAGUUAGUUUGCGGAGGAUGCCACACUCUCCUGAUGUAUAUACGCGGUGCGACGAGUGUGCAAUGUUCUUGCUGUCACACUGUCAACCUGGCUAUGGAAGCAAAUCAAGUUGCGCAUGUAAACUGCGGGAACUGCCGUAUGCUGCUCAUGUACCAGUAUGGCGCAAGGUCUGUCAAAUGCGCAGUCUGCAAUUUUGUGACAUCAGUUGGGGCCUCACCUGGUACAGACCAGAAGCCCAGCAGCUGAACUGCUGAAGUGCCAUAAAUAUUCAGAAAAGAGCUUCUCAAACCGAUGCUUUGAGUGCACAUGUAUAGAGUUCUUCCCUGAAGCAUUUUUUUUCUUCCUUUUUUAUCUCCCUUUCCCCCCAAUUUCCACCUUCCUUCCUUGGAUAUGGAGAGAGCCUGCGGAAUAAAUGAGAGUUUUGCUAAAUACCUAGUGCUCAAAAUUCGUCGAAUCGUCUGUAUGACCGAACAAGAUUGACAUAUUAUAUACAUAAACCUAUGAUAAUAUUUAUGCAUUGCUCAUUGUUUCUGAAUAGUUGAAACAUGUAAAAACUCAGCCUCCAAAUGCAAUCACAAUCAGAUUGAAUAGCA